AUGACCGAUUUCCUCGUAAUCACGUCCAGUCUGUUCAGUUUGUAUGUGACUACAGUCGUGGAGCAGCAACGUGGCCGCCAGCCUCACCUCUCAUCGUACGGAUUCCACGUGUUCGUGGUUUACUUCACGCUGCUGCAAGCGUUUUACCUGGUGCGAAGUGCAACGCAUUACACGAAACGGGCUGGGAAAGCUGGCCUUAUUCUGGAGGAUCAACGAAACGAUUGCUCCGAGGAUCGAUUAAGUCGAACUAUAACAUCGUUUACAGUUCAAAUGUUGCACCAGAAUUACAGAAUAAUGUGCUUCAACAUGUUUACGAUAGAUUUUACACUGAUUCGUUCGAUGCUGGCUUCAAUAACAAACUACUUUGUUAUUGUAAUGCAAGUUCAACUUUCAAAAUAGUGGAAUACUUUUUAUCUUUA